AUGACGAGAGGAUAUUCGUUAGAACAGGAUUUAAGAUUAUUAAUAAAUAAUCCAAAAUAUAGUGAUUUAGAAAUUUUAUGUGAAGAUGAAAAGAAAUUACAUGCCUGUAGAGCAAUCUUAGCAGCAAGGUCCGAAGUAUUCGAUAGUUUACUUUAUAAUGGAAUGAAGGAAAGUUACGAAAACCAAAUUUCUUUUCCAAAGAUUGAUUUCGCUGGAAUGGAAAUUAUAUUAGAAUAUAUUUAUACGGGAUCAGUUAAAGAAGAAUUUUUAACAAAAGAUAAUGUAAUUGAAGCUUUUUAUGCUGCAGAUUAUUUUCAAUUAUUAGACCUUCAGGAUUUUAUAACAAAAACGGUCAAGAGCACUAGUUUAUCAAAAAGUUAUUUACCAGAAUUACUAUCAAAAUUUUCAGAAAAAAUGCCAUUAGCAGAAGAUAACGUUCUUCUUAAUUUAUUGAUUGAAGCAGUAGCGAUUAUGCCACUAAAUAAUAUUGAAUUUGGUCGGUUAUCUAUUGCGGGUCUUAAAUAUCUUUUAUCCAUUACACAUGAAAAAGUAAAGUCUUUCGCAACCCCAGAAUAUGAAGUUUUUCGGUAUAGUGCACUUCUAGUAGCUAAACAAGUAUCUAAUGGUGCAUAUGAAAUUCUAAAGGAACUGCUCCCAACCUUAGAACAAACAAAGAAUUUAAUCAAAGUAGAAAGUAAAGUUAUUGUGGAUCGUCAAAAAGUCGCUGAAGAGUUAGAACCUUUGGUUGAAUUUAUUGAUUUCAGAAGAAUUAAUGCUCAAAUAUUAGCUGAUAUUAUUGAACCAUUAGGAAUAAUCCCAACUGAAAUAAUUUACAGUGCUUAUCGACAUACAGCAUUAUUAAAUAAUAAUUCAUAUUUGAGCAGUAUUCGUGGAAAGCAAAAAAUAAUUAAUGAAUCCGAUUAUGUUUGGGAUGUGUCAACAUGUGAAUCAAAACUUAUCAUUGAAAACAAUGGAAAAAUUGUACAAGUACCAAAUAAUUGUGGGCGUCAGAAUGUUAGAGCUAAAAUGACGUUAGAAAGCAAGGAUAUUUUUGAGUGGGAUGUCAUUAUUGAGAAAACUUGUAAUUGUGCUUGGGUUGGAGUAUGUGCGUCAGAAAAUUUUAAUUAUGAAAUAUUUGCAGGUGAUCAGCCUACUGGAUGGGUAUUAGGUUCCAACGGUUUUUGUCGUAAUUCUAAUAGAGAAUUAAAGUAUUGUCCAUCAUUUGGAGAUGGCACUAAUGUUACUGUUCAUUUAGAUAUGAAUAAGGGAACUUGUUCUUUUACAGUUAACGGCACAAAGUAUCCAGAAGUACCGGAAUGGAAUAAUUUACCACCAAAACUUUAUCCGGUUGUUUCAUUAAAAUUUCCUGGUCGUCUUCGAAUUCAACCUCAUCAAUAA